AUGUUGAUGCGACGUCUUUUGUGUCUUGUAGCUUUGCUUCUCAGUCUUCACUGCAUGUGUGUGGUGGCGGCUGGUGAACCUGCAAAGGGUGAAGUUAUUUCUCCUGGUCCUGGUCAACCACAAGUACUUCCUGGUGGUGGAGAAUGUACUUCUGAGCCUUCGUGUAAGACCGACCGACGUGAGUCUGAAGCUUCUCCUGAGGAUUGUGGGAAUCCUCCUAAGAAGGAAGAUUGCACUACCAUUGUUUCGAAGACUCAAAGUACGUGCAGUAAAGCUUCUGAAGGUGCUGAGGAUACUACUUCUUGUCCAACUAGGGUUGGUUCACCACCACCACCACCACCUCCUCCUCCUCCUAUUUCUUCUAACUCUGAUGAUACCUCUUGCAAUACAGUUUCUGGUGUUUCUACUGCAGGGUCCUGUCCUAAUAAAACGAACAAAGCUCCAGGUGCUGGUGGUGCUGAUAUUUCAACCCAAGUCUCUGCGUCUGGUGUUGGUCCUGAGGAGAGUGAAAAACAGCAGCAGUUGGAAAGUCAGAGAGAGACAAAGGAUGAUGCUCUUCCAGGUCCACCUGGUACUUCGCAUGGUAAAGGCCAAGCGGUGAGUCAACCAGUUGUGCCACAAAAAAACGAGAGAGGGCAUGACAAUGAGAAGAAUGGCGAUCAAGGUGUGAGUGCUGAAGGAUCACCAACAGGUCCAGUGAUCAGUGGAGGGGCUGAUCAGAAUAACGGAAAUCAACAGCCCGGAGGGAAUGGUUCACAAUCCUCAGAAUCUUCAGGUGUAUCUAAUACAGAUACAAGAGAUUCUCAGAGCAACCAAAGCGAUACAACAGAACAACCUCAGUCUUCGGACAACAACCAAACUUCUCAAGGUCAUAAUGGUGAAGCUGAGAAUACUAAUGAUGCUGCGAAACCUGCAGAGGGUGAUUCAACAAAGGACACUGAAAGUACAACCAAUAAUGAGGAAUCAACCACUACCACCACCACAACAACAACACUUCCUCCUGAACUCACAAACAACAAGAAGGGUGAUGCAGACAGCAGCAGCAGUAUCAGCAGUUCUGUGUGGGUACGUGUGCCACUACUGAUUGUGGUUACACUGUCCUGUAUUCUUGCAUGCUGA